AUGAGCACGGAGAUGUCGUUGUUGGGCUGUUGCUGGUCUUCUUCCUGCGUCUGGUUCUUUGCAAUCCAGCCCUUCUCUUUCGGUGGUAUCACGCGCGUUCCGUCGCGAGUCUCCUCCUUGUCGCUGUCAGCCAGCUGGCCUACCGCUCUGCAAGUUCAGAGCCCUCCAGUGGCAAUUCUCAUCUGUUCGGGCAAGUCUCCCCUUUUCGGCCCCUCGUCUUAUUCACUCUUCCUCCUCUUCACACCUUCCCUUAACUUUCAUUAA